AAAACAUUCAAAUCUCUUCAAAAAAAUAAGCUACAAAAAGAAGAAUGAAAGAAAAUCGUAAGAAAAUACAGCAAAAAUUGAAAUAGAAAAACAAGCAAUGCGAGACAAAUAAAUGUCAGAUUAAAUAAACAUUUUCACAACAAAACAUUUUAAGAAGAGUGAAAAUAAAAACAAGAAGAAGGAAGACAGCAAAAUUGCAAGUUUUACUAUUAAAAUAUUCAGCAUGAUGAAUCUUGAUGGAUACUGUGAAUUAAUGAAAGUUUUAAAAAAUUCAUCUGACUAUCAGAACUUCUACAAAAUCCUCUUCUAUCCACUCGAAAUUGACAGUUAUAUGGAGCAGCAUAAAAUUUAUGAAAUUCUCGGUGAAUUGCUGUUUCGAAUUGGAAUUGAAAGGCCAUCAAAAAAUGAAAUUAUUGAUUUUAUGAUUGCAAAUUUAUGCAAAUUCAAUGAACAUUUCUAUAAGAAGCAAACUGUGAAAAUUGAGUUUCAUAAUUGCACAGCCGAUGGCAUGAAAUAUCUCAAGAAAUUAUCAUCAAAGCUUCAGAUUCCAAUAAUUUAUGAAGACUCAGCAGAAACCCACGAAAAUCAUCCGAAAAUAAUUUGUGACUUCAAAGAUAAUUCAAGUGACGACAAAUUCAUGAUAAUCUCCUCUGAAAAUGACACUGACAAUAACAACAGCAAUCAAGACAAAUCCCAUGACUGUAAUUUAAAGCUUAAGAAGGCAAUUGAGUUGAAAUUAUGCUACAAUAAUCUCAAAUAUGUAAUUCAAAAUGCUCGUCUUAGAAAGCCAUUGAAGCAUACUCAUGGCGAAUGGAAUCAUCGUGUCUUAAUGGUGGGUCGAGUGGGCAGCGGUCGAAAGACACAAGCAAGUCAACUGGCAAAAGAAUUUGGUCUCAUUCUUAUCGAUUUUGAUCAGAUGAUUAAAGAAUAUGAGCAACAAUCUUGUGACAUUGAAAAACAUUCGUUAGGCUUUUGGGGAUUCAUACAAGAAAUUCUUCUUAAGCCUCAAUGUCUUCAUAAUGGAUAUGUGAUUGUGUCGAAUGUCAUUAGCAGGCUGUAUUUGAUAAUGUUCAUGGAGAAAUUUAAACAUGAACCGAAUAAGAUUAUUUUCAUUCAUACAAAUGAGAACAAAUGUCGCCGGCGUAUUUUGAAACAAAAAGGGAUUUAUCAUGACAAUAAAACUGAUGUUGAUACUUCUUCUACUUCCACCUCACAAACAACAUUAUCGUCAGCAUCGUCGGCAUGUGGAGAAAAUGUAAAUUUAUAUCUCGAUUAUCAAAUGAAUCUGUACAAUUUACAUAAGAAAGACUUUUUGAGAUAUUUUGCAAGCACAAAGGAUUUACGAGAGAAAAUUUAUCAUGUUAAUGGAAAUGGAUCUGUGAAUGAUAUUAAAUCAUGGAUAUGGGCUUAUUUUUGUGAUGUAUAAAAUGAAAAAAAGUUUUUUUUUUAUGUUCCUGCAUGAAAUUAUUUGAAAAGUUUGCAAAUAUUGUGUUGUUGGUUUGCUUCUUGUUGACAAUUUU